AUGACUGAAGAACGGUUCGAUUCUAUUCUAUUUUCGUUGGCACAGCAGAUGCCUGGCGGGGUUCCGGACCUCCUCGAUACGCUGUUCGGGUUUCUUGCAAGAAAAACUGAUUUCUACUCUGGUGCGGGAAUUGACGAAGCGCGAUCGAUGCUUCUGACAUAUUUCGACAAACAUGGGAAGGAAGCAGCUGAGGCCCAAACAAUGAACGAGAAUAAAGUCGAGGAAAUCUCAGAGGCUGAAGCCGCAGAGUUUGAAGAAAAGUUUGGCGGGAAACGUGUCAUACCAACUUCAAAAGACGUUCAAGAAGAGCAGACUGAAAAGAAAGGAACCGCCGACCAUGUUGAGGACGAAGAUAAGGGUAAAAUUAUGCCUAACCCCGGAAAUGGAGCAGAUCUAGACCAGUAUCAAUGGACUCAAACUCUGCAAGAAGUAGAGAUUCGCAUACCAUUUAAAGUUGGCUUCCCUUUGAAAUCGCGAGAUGUUGAUGUUAUCGUUGAGAAGAGCCACCUACGUGUUGGUUUGAAAGGACAUGCUCCUGUUAUUGAUGGGCCAUUAUUUGCUCAAAUAAAAACAGAAACAUCGGCCUGGGUCCUUGAGGAUAAACGAACUGUUGUUGUUUCUUUUGAGAAGAUGAAUGGAAUGGAAUGGUGGAGAUAUGUUGUGAAAGGAGAACCGGAGAUAAACACUAAGAAGGUUCAGCCAGAGAAUUCCAAACUGUCAGAUUUGGACGGUGAAACCAGAUCGAUGGUUGAGAAGAUGAUGUAUGACCAGCGUCAAAAGGAGCUUGGUCUACCAACAAGGGUCUUCAUUGUGGGUGCGAAACGAGUCGCGUUCGGUACGUUCGGUGGCAAGCUGAAGAACCAUUCGGCCACCGAUCUCGGUGUCUUCGCCACUGUCGCAGCUCUUGAACACGCUGGUGCUAAAGCAGAGUCCAUUGACCAUGUCAUAUUUGGAAACGUCGUAGCGAGUUCUAAAGACGGCAUAUAUUUGAGUCGACAUAUUGGGUUGAAAAGUGGUAUCCCUCAAAAUGUAGGCGCACUCACAGUAAAUCGUCUUUGUGGGUCGGGUUUUCAAGCCGUUAUCAGUGCUGCUCAUCUUAUCAGGCUUGGUGAAUCGAAAUUGGUAGUAGCUGGAGGUUCCGAGAACAUGACACAAGUGCCAUUCGCAGUGAGGAACGUGAGGUUUGGUACAGCUCUUGGUGCAAAGUAUGAGUUCGAAGACAUGUUAUGGGAGUCUCUCUUAGAUCCCUAUGCAAAACUCUCAAUGGGACAAACAGCUGAGAAACUUGGGGCACAGUAUAAGGUUAGUCGUACUGAUGCCGAUGAGUUCGCAUUGCGUUCACAGCAGCUAUGGGAAAAGGCUCAAAAUGCUGGCUAUUUCAAAGCGGAAGUAGCACCGAUAACUGUGAAGGGCAAAAAGGGAGAAGAAACCUUUGAAGUCGAUGAACAUCCACGGCCUGUAACAACACUGGAGUCGCUCGCCAAACUUAAGCCAGUGUUUCAAAAGGAUGGCUUAGUGAACGCCGGAAACGCGUCGGGCAUAUGUGAUGGUGCUGCCGCGAUGGUUGUGGCUGGUGAUGAAGCUGUGGAAGAAUAUGAUUUGAAACCACUUGUACGCGUAGUGAGCUACGCUGCAGUUGGCUGUGAUCCAACAAUUAUGGGAAUCGGUCCUGCUCCCGCUAUACGUCAAGUUCUUGCGCAAACCGGACUAAAACUUGGUGACAUUGACAUAUUCGAGGUAAAUGAGGCGUUUGCUCCACAAACAUUAGCGGUACAACGCGAACUCGGAAUUCCUAUGGAGAAACUGAAUUUAAAUGGAGGUGCAAUUGCCCUAGGACACCCUCUAGGAGCUUCCGGAGCCAGGAUUAGCGUGCAUCUUGUUCACGAGCUUAGACGACGUAACGCAAAGUAUGCUAUCGGAUCCGCUUGCAUAGGAGGUGGCCAGGGGAUAGCCAUACUCUUCGAAAAUGUCAAUUAA